CGUGACGGGGGAAGUGGUGUCAUCCAGUAGGAAGGGGCAGCACUGCCAGCUGUAUGGUGGCGAUAGUGUCGGGUGGCACCUGAUGAAGUGGAAGAUCUGCUGGAGGAAGGUCAUUUAUGAUCGGGAUCAAAAGGAAAUUUACUGGUUUGCUGUGCUUACGCUACAUUAUAGAAGAGCUACCUGCUAAGGCUUUAAAAAUGCCAAGCUGUAUGGUAAAAACAUGUACUUUUUCAUGGCGAGAAAAGGAUCAAGAUGUAACCCUGCAUGUGUUUCCAAGAAACCCAGAUAUGAUUGCCAAAUGGUUAAGAAAAAUUCAUUAUGAAGAGAACACAAUAGAGGAGCUAACAAACAAAAUUUUAGGAUCUAAAACCGGAGGCUACCGAAUAUGUUCACGCCACUUCACUGAAAGUGACUAUGAACAAAGAGGCCCAAGUAAAUACCUUAAAAAGGAUGCAUUCCCCACUCCAUAUUCACUUAAGGAGCCACAGAGUCCUGCUUCCCCAUCUCUGGACCACAGUUAUGUUAAACGUAUUCGUCUUGAAGUAGAGCCACCUGGGGAAACAUCUUUACCCAUUUCCUUUGGUGCUCAAGAGAAUACUGCUGAUCUAUCCAUUGCAACAAACAUUUUUCCAACAGAGGGCACAAAUUCUAUUUCUGAACUUCUUUUUUUUGACAUGGGUGAGACUGAUCAUGCAGAAUGUGAGAUCGAAACCACUGGAGAUAGAAGUCUGACAGUCUCGAAUACAUCUCAGCCACCAAUGCCUCCAUUAAAGCGUAAAUACAGUUCCAGGAGCACAAGAACAGUGGGGACCUUUAUGGAUCCUAUCAACACAAAAAAACAUAAAGCUACCCAGUUUGAAAAAAGAUUUCGCACAUCCAACAAAAAGACUCAAGUAUGCUGCAGAAAAGAUUACAAUUGUGUAGGUAUUCAGUGCAAUAUUGUAGAACUCCCUGGCUUGCAGUGUUUGCCUGUUAAACAAGAGUCAGCAGCAAGGCAACACACAGGGAUGAAAUUACAACGUGAUGUAUGGCAACACUCAUUUCCGGAAGACGGGGCUUUGGACUCCCAGAGUGCGGCAUCGUAUGAACAAACUGCAGUGGGUAUUGCGCCUCAUCUGCCUGAGCCGUCACCUUUCCAUACAUUUCCAGGACAAGAGAUGGAUAAUACUGGACAGCUUUUGAUGGACUGUGACCCUGAAGAUAAUCUUGAACCUCUGCUACUCAGUGAGAGCUACAGGCCUACUCUCAAGGAAGAGGACCAUUCUAUACAGACUCUUUCAGAGGAUGAAGACUUGUUUGUGGAUCCAAAGAAUCCCGACAACUCUUUUGUCUUGCUCCAUGAUGUCCCUGGCAAAACUGACUACGCUGCAGAAAUAAAAUUUUUAGUAUUUCAUUCCUGUCUGGACGAGCUGCUCUGGAACUCAAAAUGUAAGGCAGUGAGUGCCUGCUCUGGAACAAUCAUCAAACUUCAAAAAUAUAUGGUUGGUUCAGCUCUCGUGGUCAAUGGUUUCUGUUCGAAUAAUCACAAGUAUAGACUUUGGGUAAGUCAGCCCUUCCUUGGAAGAAUGCCUGUUGGAAAUUUGCUGCUGUCUGCUGCAAUUGUGUGCAGUGGAUCAAACUAUCAAACGAUGACAACAUUUUUUAACAAUCUCUCUAUGCCUAGCAUCUCUAAAACCACUCAUUGUCAAUACCAACAAAAUAUUAUAUUUCCAACUAUCAAUUUCCACUGGCAGGAUGAAAGACAGUCAGUCAUAAAGUCUCUAGAAAACAAGGCUAUUGCCCUGGCAGGAGACAGUCAGUGUAACCCUUCUGGAUGUAAUGCAAAAUAUUGCACUUAUACUUUGAUGGACGUUGAAAGCGAGAAGAUCGUGGACUUUCAAGUUGAGCAGUUUCAGGCAGGGGUAUCAUCAGUAACCCUAGAAAACAAAGCUUUCAAAAUAGCUUUAGAACGCCUGCUAGCUGAUGAUGUGAACAUAAAGGUGAUAACCACGGACAGACACAUCGGAAUAAGGAAAACAGUGCAACAGAAUUACCAACCAAUAAAGCAUGAAUUUGAUGUUUGGCAUUUUGGCAAGUCAGUAAGUUCCAAAUUAAUUGCUGCCAGCAAAUCAAGAAACAUGCGUCAAUUGGCUCAUUGGGUUCCACUGGCGAAAAAACAUCUCUGGUGGUGUUUUAUGACCUCCCAUCACAAUCCAGAACUACUGAAGGAAAAAUGGCUGUCGCUUAUAUACCACUCAGCUAAUGUUCACCAGUGGCCAGACAAUAGUAUAUACCACUCCUGUCAGCACCCACCAAUAUCAGCUGAGGAGGUAAAAAAGUAUGAGUGGCUUUCAUUGGGUUCUGCAGCUCAUCAAAAACUAAAAGAAAUUGUGCAGAACCCCCAACUUCUUCAUGAUCUCCAACAUCUGUCCCAUUUUUCCCAUACUGAUAGCCUUGAUGUAUACAACAGAAUGUGCCUCAAGUAUCGUUCGAAGUGGCAUCAUUUUCAUCUAGAUGCCAUGGUUGCUCGAACUCAACUGGCUGCUCUAGAUCAUAACAAGAACACUAAAUGGUUGCAAGCCUUGGUAUCAAAGCUCACUCAUAUUGAAAAGGUUGGAACAUCAAGGUACAGAUUUUCAUAUAACAGGGUGAAGAAAGACUUGGUAUCCAAAAUGUACAGUCAAACCACUCAGAAAUUCAUAAAACAUAUAUUAUCAGAUAGUCUCUCUUUUGCAGCAGGAAAAAAACACUUUAACUGGCAAGAAAGACCCUCUAGGAUUCCACAAAAUAUUGCUCCAGGGAACUGAUCCUGUGUAUACCAUGUAUAUAGUUUUUUUUACUUUAGCUUUCUUUUGAUUAUAAUUUAUUGUUGGCGGAUACACUCUGUUUAAUAUUAUUUUGUAACUGUUGUCCAAUAUGUUUACAUAUUUGUAGAUAGAUUCAUGUAGGGGCGCGCAUCUUUAAGGCGGCGUAGCAUACCAAAUUUACGCUACGCCGCCU